AUGGUCAAUAUUAAUUUGUCCCAAAUUUACCUUUUAGCUGUUUUAUUCUCUUUAGUAACUGCUUCUGCAGAAACAACAACACCCUACCAAGAUAAAAGUGUAAACACUCUGGUGGAAGGAAGUUCAGUUAAAACUUUGGAUACUAGCACAUUACCACUUUCUAGCAGUUUUAAUUUGCGAUCCGUCAGUCCAACAAUCACUCAAAAAACUUCUAUUGAUACACUUGGUGCCUCUACAGCCUCUCAUUCCAAUUUAAAUGUUCCGUCUAAAACAUCAAAAAGUACUUCAGUAGUUUCUUCUAGCGUAAAGAAAACAGAACAGUCUCCUAGUCGUGUGACGACAACUGAAACAGAAGAAAUAUUUUCUAUAUUGCCAAUAGGAACCCCAAUAGUAGAUUUAAAAGGAGAUUACUCUGAAUCAGAUAUGAGAUUAUCAAUUAAAUCUACAAAACACUCAGUUCAAAAUUUAUUAUAUUCUUUCCCACUUUCUUCAGAAACUGAAACUAUACCUUCUGGUUCUCAAGCCAUGUCUAGUGCUCAAUUUAAUCAAUUUGAAAGUCCAAUUACCACGAAAAGAUUUUAUUCAAUUUUACCUAUAGAUACCGCCGCUUUAGAGGUUGCAGAAUUUGAUGGUAUAGAGACCAACAAUCCCAAAGCUUACAACAACCGUGUCUAUCAAAGACAAUUGAACGAAGCCACUAAUUUGGAAGAACCCGAAACAAUUUCCGAAGGGCCCUUGUCAAGCAGUGAAAUUGAGAUAGAAAGUGACUCAGUACCAAUUUAUCAAUCAGACCCUAUUGCAUCCCCAACAGGUGUUACUGAAGCCAUUUUCCCUGAAUCUAGCUCUAUUUUAUCAACACCAUUGUCUGAUGGGGAAAUUUCUGAUUCUCUUCCUUCUCCUGUAAAUUCCAAUUUGACUUCUCAAGGGCUACCUACAGUUGCAAUUGCAACGGGAGGGGUAUCACAAAAGUCUAGUACAUUUUUUGCUGGGAUUGUUGCUUUAAUAAGUAUUUUAUUGUUAUGA